AUGGCUGCUCCAAAGAUUACUGUAUAUCUUGAUACUGUGAGCCCGUUUGCUUACUUGGCGUAUUACCUCCUUCGCCAUGACGCGGCCUUCGAAAAAUGCGAGAUCACGUAUGUGCCAAUCCUCCUUGGAGGCUUGAUGAAUCUCUGUAAAAAUGCUGCGCCAAUCACCAUCACAAACAAGAAAGAUUGGAUCGACCAGAAUCGACAGCUGUGGGCACGGACAUUCAAUGUACCGAUCAAGGAUGACUUCCCGCCCAACUUUCCGCCAAGAACACUUUCGGUGAUGCGGCACCUUGUCGCGAUUCAGGAAUUGGACGGCAGCAGCCAGGCCCGGUUACUCCAGGCGUUCGACGCCAUUUAUGAGGGCUUUUGGCAACGGCACGAUGCCACUUACAACCCGGAAGUUUUUAUGCCGAUUUUAAGCCGUGUCCUGGGAGAAGCUGAUGCGGCAAAGGUCGCCGAGAUGGCCGGCAAAGAAUCCAAAGCAGUCUUGAUCCAGAACACCGAGAGCGCGUUCAAAGAUGGCGCCUUUGGCUUGCCCUGGAUGGUCUGCACGAAUAGUCAGGGUGAAAGGCAGUCGUUCUGGGGGGUAGAUCAUAUAUGCCAAGUCGCGAACUUUUUGGGACUGCAGCAGCCAGCUACGCCUGGAUGGAAGGCCGCCUUGUGA